AGUCCUCACGUCCAGCCGACCCUGCGUUCCCUGUCCGGGUUGGAGGCGCUUUGCCCGCUGGGAAUUGAAGUUUUCUUGGAGCCUCUCGAAUGCCUUCCCCUCAAGGAAAAGAACUACACUUCCCAGCAGGCAUCGCUCUAGACCCAGCUGGACCAAGCCCGGUCUAUCCACAGGCUUCCUGGGCUAUUAAGUAUUAAGGGGUGGGGGCACUUGGAGCCGAUAGUUGUAAGGACGGGGUCGCUCCUCAGAUCUGUCUCGUGAGCCUAGGAAGGUCUGGCUGCGGAGGGGCAGUAUCCUGGCGGCCCGAGGAAGCUGUCGGUCCUGCCCCGGAGAUGGAAGGCAGGUGCUAUGGUUGCGCGGUCAAGUUCACUCUAUUUCGAAAGGAGGCAAGUCUAGUUCUUCCUGGAGCUUGGGGGCGGCGCCCCCUUCUGUAAAAAUCACCCCGCCUCCUGCCCCCCCCUCCGCCCGUCACCCCCUCCUCUCCCCUCUAUCAUUGCACACCUUUCCUCCCCGCGUCCCCUCUCCGUAUCACUGAAACUCCCCUCCCCCUUGGCGCCCCCCAUACUGGCUGCUCUUAUCUCUCCUCUGCUUUCUGGCCUGACCUUUUGGGUCAUCGCGUCCCCAUGGCUUUCCAUGCCACCAGGACCAAGCGGACCCAGCUGCUGAGGAUUCCUUUGAUCAGCAAGGAUUCCUUGGGUACCCCCGGGUUGUGUGGUGCUGGGCAUGGUACCUGGCUCGCUUCCUGGGCAGUAAGAAGGAAAUACUUCAGUGUGUGAGGAACCACACCAGACUAGAAUGGAAGGAUGGAGACAUCUCCUUGUACCACCCUCGGCCAAGCUGGUCUUCAUCUGUGCCAGGGACAGAUUGAAACGGGGCAGAGCUUCACCCGGCCCUACCAUCAACUGCUCUCUAGAAGCCAAGAGUCUGCCACAUGUCUGGUGGCAGCUGACUGAAAAUGGAGCAAGAAUUAUGGACCAGGAAGGAACUUUGUAAAGAAUUUUGUUUUCUCUGGUCUGCUGAGUGUGCGCUCCUGGCUCCAUCACUAAUUCUGCCGGGGUUUAGAGGCCACCCUUCCUCUUCCCAUGUCCCCCACCUAUGGAAGUGGUUUCCCACUGUUUCCCUCCUCAGAAUUUCGUAUGUUCUGCCUACUGAGAGAUCCCUGCGGGAAAAGUACCCAGGAGGACCAGAUGAAGUUGCAGCUGUACCCCGCUUUGGGAACACCCAGCAGAAGGUCUGCAAGCCGUGCCAUGAGGGGCUGACCAGAGGGCCUUCGGAAGCCAGUGUCUCCAAGUGGUCACCACCUGAGAACUACAAGAAGCGUGUUGCUGCAUUGGAGGCCAAACAGAAGUUCAUCGCUCCCCAGGGCAUGGUUCGGCCACAGGGACUGUCUCAAGAAGACCAAGUCAUUGCCAAGCGACUUGAAAAACUCCGCCAGGAAACCAAGCCUAAAGCGGUGCCUUCCCAGGCAGAGAUCGAGGCCAGGCUGGCUGCUCUUCGGGACGAGCCUCGAGGACCCAUCCCUUCCACUGAGGUGAUGGAGGAUCGACUAGCCGUGCUGCAGGGCAGGGUCCCCCCAUCCCAGGCUCCCCGGCCGGUCCACCAACCUCCUGACACCAGGACACAGGCCCAACAAGCAGAGGAUCUUUUGACUCAAUUAGCAGCUGAAGUAGCAAUUGAUGAAAGCUGUGAUCAAGAAACCCCCCCUCCAGGUGUCUCUCUACAAAAUGACCUUAACCGGGACAGCCCAAGGGGUUGGAAUAUUGGCCCUUCUGAAUUGGCUCACCAGCAGCUGGAAGGAGAGAAGGGCCGGCUCCUGGCGGAGGCAGCAGCUGAGCUAAGGGAGGAGAACACCCGGCAGGAGAGGAUCCUGGCCCUCGCCAAGCGGCUAGCUGUACUUCGGGGCCUGGACCCCGAAGGAGUGACCUUGCAGAACUAUCACUUCCCUGACAGCGAUGAGGAUGAAGAGGAGGCCAUCCAGAGAGUCCUGCAGCAGCUUACAGAGGAGGCUGCCAUAGAUGAGGUGAGCGGCUUCAACAUCCCUGCAAAGCAGGUGCCUCCGCCCCGGGCCCAGCCUAAAGCUAAGGCUGUGGCCCCCAAGGCUGAAUCAGAGGUGGGAGAGGAGCUGCCCUGGUGCUGCAUCUGCAAUGAAGAUGCCACUGUACGCUGCCAUGGCUGUGAUGGGGACCUGUACUGCCCGCGAUGCUUCCGGGAGGGCCAUGAUGCCUUUGAACGGAAAGAGCACAGGACAUCUGUCUACCGCCCCCCCUGUGUGGGACGAGAGCACUAACCCCAUUGGGACUUGGCUGCUGGAAAGGCAACCCCGUCGUUAGCUCCUUGAGAUGCUGGGGAAGGGGCCUAGGUGUAAUGGUUCCUAGUUCUGCCUGCAUCUCAGAGGAUUCUCCUUGUGGGUGCUCCUCGGAGGGUGGGGCUGAUGCAUGAGGAAGCCCUCCUCUUCGGCCUUUUGCUUACCAAGGAGGAGACAGGAUCCUCUUUCCUAAGACAGUGACUCAGCAAGCUGAAGGGACUGGGAGUCUUGGGAAGGAUGCACCCCAAGUCAGAGCCACUGCCAGAGGGGAGGGGCUGUGUAGGGGAAGGAAAAUAGAGGUCACCUGAGCAUUUUGAUUCUUAUUGUACUAAUGUUAACAAUAUUAAAACCUGGCCCAAAAAGUUCUUCUCCCUCCUGGUCCACUGGAAAACACACAGCACCUUAUUAGCCUCCAAUAAAAUGUAUUUACUCCCUAAAA